AUGUCGCUGAUAUUACUAGACUCAUUGAAAGAUGACUUGGACGACGUGCACAGAAACACAUUAGAGAAGACUGAUACUGAGCUAUACAAAUCAUCACAGAAAUUUCUUGAAGAUCUACUAAUCAAUGACGAAUUACUAUCAACGGACCAGUUCACCACUACUACAACUACAACACCAAGCAGCAACAACAAACCUCAUGCUAAGAACGUUACUCAAGAGAUUGCAGAAUUGGACCUACAGCAACAUCAGAUCAACAAGCAAUUGAGUUCUUUGACAGACUCACACAAGGACUUGAUCAUCGAUGUCAAUCACGACUUGAAUGAAAUCAACAACAGCUUGACUAAUGAUUACCAAAAAGCUGUAUCUGCAUUAAAGAGAAACAUAUCUUUUGACUCAAAGUUGCACGUUCUGGAUCACCACUACAAGUCGAACCAAAACUCGAUCUUGUCCAAUAUCGAUACAGUUUUGGACAUUUUGGAACUCCCCACCCUAUGUCGACUUUGUAUCUUACAAGGUAAUUACCAAGAAAGCUUGGAAAUAUCCAUUCUCAUCAAAUCACUAAUCAUUCGGUUCCCCAAACUAUCCAUUUUCAAAAUCGUUCUGGACCAAAUCGAAUUGGAGUUGCAACACAUGUUGAAAGGUUUAAUCAAAUUACUAAAUACAAAUUUAAAGCAAAACCACAUUCUCAAGAUUUUCCAAAUUUUAAACAAGUUGGAAACUGUUGACAACAAUUCCUUGCAUCGGGUUUACUUAAAUUCAAGAUUCAAAUUCAUCAUCAAUGAAAUUGCAAGUCUAACACCAAUUCUCAAGUUUAACAAAUUGACAUAUUUGAAACGGUAUGUUGAAGUUUAUCGUGAACACAUCUACGCUUCAAUUCAUGUUUACUAUACAAUUUUCCAAAACGAAGUUGAUAAAUUGUUGUUGAACCAAUUCAUAACAACACUAGCUAUGAACUUAUGUCGUGAGUUUACAUUAUACUUGCCUCAUAUUGUACCGCCACGCUUCACUGGCUCCACUGACCCCACUGGCCCCACCUCUUCAACAACUCACGAGUCAAUUGAAUCUGAAAUAGAGUUGAAAAACGCGAUUGAUGGGUUGAUUUUGCAAUUGAUUUACUUAUGUAAAUCGUUGUCAAGCUAUCAGUUUGAAUUUGAACCGAUAAUCCUAUCUGAAUUGUGUUACAAGCACAGCCUUAUUCAGGAAAACGACUGGAUUCGUAAUUUGAGCAAGAUCAAAAAACAUAAAUAG